AUGACGACGGAUGUUAUUGGAUAUGUUACUGAUGUCCUUCAAAAUCUUCAUGAUGGAAAUACAGAGUAUUGCUUGAAUUUACAAUAUCAAGGCCAACAAAAUGAAAAUACAGUAAAGUUGGACUGUGUAUUAAGAAAACUAUUAGAGCGUCACCUACAACUUGAAAAACAAGUCGCUCAAUAUCAAGCAUUUCUCAGCGAGUCUGAUUCAAUUGUGAUCAUAAACGGCGGAAAUCCCUCUUUACCUAUCACUCCAAAUGAAUGUUUAGAAGUGCAAAAUCUUAUUAAUGGCGACAAUUAUCCCAACACUGUUCAGUUGGUCGCUCCUUCAGAUGAUUUCAACAAAUCUUCUUCUAUACAUGCUUAUGUCAAUGAUUCUACAAAUAAACCUACCAGUGAUUAUAUAAGUCAGGAAAGUCCUCCUUCAACACCACCUGCUUUGGUUCACGAUGACCGUGUUUGUUUAGAAUGUCUUAACCAAUGUACCACUGUUGCCACAGCCGUCACUUCUGGAGAUUUCAAAAAAAGAGUUACUUGUCCUUAUUCAUCAGGUCCAAUGCUUACUUUAAAAAAUGCAAUCAACACCAUGGUUGAAAAACUUGACAAUGUGGCUUUUGAGUUGAUUCGAGUUGCUCGUGAAGUUGGUGAAGAAGGAAAAUUAGGAAUUCAAGCUAAAAAUCAAUAUUUAGAUGGUGACUGGAAAGAAAUGAUGAUACAUCUAAAUAUGAUGGCUAGUAAUCAUUCUGAACAAGUAAGAGAUAUUGCUGAAGUAUGUACGGCUGUAGCACAUGGUGAUUUAAGCAAAAAAAUUACCGUUGAAGUUAAAGGUGAAACCCUUGUACUAAAAAAUACUAUAAAUACUAUGGAAGUUACCCGUGUUGCUCAUGAAGUAGGUACAGAAGGGAAACUAGGGGUAAGGGCUCAAGUACAAGGUGUUGGUGGGACUUGGAAAUUGCUUACUGAUAAUGUAAAUACAAUGGCUGCAAAUUUAACAGCUCAAGUUCGUGAUAUUGCUGAUGUGUCGAAAGCUGUUGCUAGAGGAGAUCUUAGUAAAAAAAUAACUGUUAAUGUAAGAGGUGAAAUUUUGGAUUUAAAAAAUACCAUAAAUACUAUGGUUGAUCAGUUACAAACAUUCGCAACUGAAGUAACAAGGGUAUCACUUGAAGUAGGGACUGAAGGGAAAUUGGGUGGUCAAGCAAACAUUAAAAAUGUUGGUGGAAUAUGGAAAGAUCUUACCGACAAUGUGAAUCUAAUGGCAGCGAAUCUCACAACUCAAGUACGUUCUAUUGCUGAAGUUACGACUGCUGUAGCUCGUGGUGAUUUGUCCAGAAAAGUAAAAGUUCCUGUGCAAGGUGAAAUAUUAGAACUCAAAAAUACUAUAAAUUCUAUGGUUGAUCAACUUCGUAUGUUUGCUGCUGAGGUAACUAGAGUAGCCAGAGAAGUAGGUACUGAAGGUAUUCUGGGUGGUCAAGCCGAUGUUAAAGAUGUUGGAGGUACUUGGAAAGAAUUAACGAACAAUGUUAACACCAUGGCCGAAAAUCUCACUUCUCAAGUGCGUGACAUUGCUAAUGUUUCAAAAGCCGUUGCUCGUGGUGAUUUAAGUAAAAAAAUUACUGUUGAUGUCAGGGGUGAAGUCCUUGAUUUAAAGAAAACAAUAAAUACUAUGGUCGAUCAAUUGCAAAUAUUUGCCACCGAAGUAACAAGAGUCUCUUUGGAAGUAGGAACGGAGGGUAAAUUAGGUGGUCAAGCUGUUGUUAAAGACGUUGAUGGUACUUGGAAAGAAUUGACCGAUAAUGUAAAUAUAAUGGCAGCAAAUCUUACAACUCAAGUACGUUCUAUUGCGGAAGUUACAACUGCUGUAGCCCGCGGUGAUCUGAGCAAGAAAAUUACCGUUGAUGUCAAGGGUGAAAUACUAGAUCUUAAAAACACUGUAAAUUCUAUGGUUAAUCAACUCAAUACAUUUGCUGCUGAAGUAUCCAGAGUAGCUAGAGAAGUGGGCACUGAAGGAAGACUUGGUGGUCAAGCUGUAGUUAAAGAUGUGGGUGGUACUUGGAAAGAAUUAACAGACAACGUCAAUACUAUGGCGGAAAAUCUCACUUCUCAAGUGCGUGAUAUUGCAAAUGUUUCAAAAGCUGUUGCUCGUGGUGAUUUAAGUAAAAAAAUCACUGUUGAUGUUAGGGGGGAGGUCCUUGAAUUAAAGAAUACAAUUAAUACUAUGGUUGAUCAAUUAUCUACAUUUGCUGCUGAAGUAACAAGAGUAGCUAGAGAAGUGGGAACUGAAGGAAAAUUAGGUGUUCAAGCCCAAGUUAAGGAUGUAAGGGGAACUUGGAAAGAAAUCACAUCUAAUGUCAAUACCAUGGCAGCAAAUUUAACUUCUCAAGUACGUGCAUUUGCACAAAUUUCUGCUGCUGCAACUGACGGAGAUUUUACUCAAUUUAUUACUGUUGAUGCAUCUGGUGAAAUGGAUUCUCUUAAAACUAAAAUAAAUCAAAUGGUGUAUAAUUUAAGAGAAAGUAUUCAAAAAAAUACUGCUGCAAGAGAAGCAGCUGAAUUAGCUAAUAGAAGUAAGAGUGAGUUUUUGGCAAAUAUGUCACAUGAGAUUCGCACCCCUAUGAAUGGUAUUAUAGGGAUGACAACCUUGACACUUGAAACAGAGUUAACACGUCAACAACGUGAAAAUUUAACAAUAGUUAGUUCUUUAGCUAAUUCUUUAUUGACAAUUAUUGAUGAUAUUUUGGAUAUUUCAAAGAUUGAGGCUGGACGUAUGACAAUUGAACAAAUUUCAUUUUCACUUCGCUCUGCUGUAUUUGGUGUUUUAAAAACUCUUGCCAUUAAAGCAACUCAAAAGAAACUAGAUCUUAUAUAUGAUGUGAAUAAUGGUAUACCUGAUCAAUUGAUUGGUGAUCCCUUACGUUUGAGACAAGUCAUAACAAAUCUUAUAGGGAAUGCAAUGAAAUUUACAAAUGAAGGACAAGUGAUGCUUUCUGUAGAUACAUCAGAAACAGAAGGUGAUCAAGUACUUUUGACGUUCUGUGUAAAAGAUACUGGUAUAGGAAUUCAAGCAGACAAAAUUGGACUGAUUUUUGACACAUUUUGUCAAGCUGAUGGAUCUACAACAAGAAAAUAUGGGGGAACUGGAUUAGGACUUUCAAUAUCCAAACGUUUAGUUAACUUGAUGGGUGGUAAUUUAUGGGUCAAGAGUGAGUUUGGUAAAG